AUGCGCUCAUUGCGAUCGUCAAAAUCCUCCGUUUCAGGCACUGGAUCGAAAUUCUCCUUUGGAAGCAAGCACAACGAUAGUGGUCCGAUCGAAUAUUUCUUGCUCAUGGGCGAUCCGUUGAUGGCGAUGAAACACAAAGUGGUGUCGAGAUUGACUAUCAAGGAUCAUCACGAGUUGAGAUUGAUUCGCCGAAUGGAGCACGAUAACGUUCAUCGUUUCAUCGGUUUGUGCGAAGAGGCGAGUCCGGUGUUGACCAUUUGGAGAUUGGCGUCGAGGGGAUCACUAGAGCAAGUCCUAACCGGCAGUAGCAUGAACAUCGAUGGUUUCUUCAUGUAUUCCCUGAUUCGAGAUCUCGUCGAAGGAAUGUGUUACAUCAAUAAGUCAUUCUUGAAGGGACAUCGGAGAUUAUCAUCUCAAGUCUGUUACAUCGAUGAUCGGUGGCAGUUGAAAGGCUCUGAUCGAAAACAAAAUCUCAUGGAUCACGUGUUUAACAUUUUAGAGAACUAUGCCGAGACUCUAGAAAAAGAGGUACAAGACCGAACCGGAGAACUCGUCGAGAAAAAGAAAAAAAAUGUCGUGAAAUUCACGAAUUUGGCCGCAAAAUGCACACCAUUACAAAUUGUCAAUCUUUUAAACGAUCUGUACUCGACCUUUGAUCAGAUCAUUGAAGAACACGGAGUUUACAAAGGUAAAGGAGUGAUGUCAACGUAUUGGUUGCUUGGCCGAGUGGAUGAGCCAAUUCUUCCAUCAAUGAGUCAAAAUCGAAAUGAAGAGCCGCUCGUUCAACCAAGAGGCGUUGAAGAGAGCAGAUUUGAUCCGAUGAUCGAGGAUCUGGGAGGGGAGCAAGUGGAAGAUCUCGGCAUUUAUCGAAGUCAUCUCAAGAAAUUGCCCAUCAAUCAACCCGAUGAGAUCCAACCGGCA